UCCAUAUUUGGACUUAAACUGAAUAAAAAAAAGGAAAAAAAAAACACUGAAACCAAAACGGUGUCGUAACAGGGACUGAUCUUUUUUCGCCACAUGGCUUCGUUGGAUAUAAACAUAAACGAUAGAGACGCAUCUGUGUCAGAAGCGAGCCAGCGAGAGCAAGUCCCAAAUUCGAAUUUCAAGCCGCCGUAUGCGACGGCGUAAUGGCUGGUGGAGCUAUCACUCCCGCUUCUCUGAUCGGUCUUAUCUCUGAAAUCAAUGAGGUUCCGGUGAAUUUUGGGGUGUUUAAGAAGGAUUGUGCCGAUCUCGCGCGACGUGUUGGUCUCUUAACGCAUUUGAUUGAGGAGAUUAGGGAUUCUUCUCCUCCUCCGCCGGAAUCUGAUGCUUCGUCGUCGUUGAUUUCUUAUGAAUGUGAUUGGUGGUCUGAUCUUGUUGUGGGGCUUCAAGCCGCGAAGCGUCUUUUGUCUUCAGCUACUAGUUUCCAAGCUCGCGAGUCCUCUGAUGGGGCUGCCAAGAGAAUUUUAUUCCAGUUCCAAUGUGUUACAUGGAAGUUGGAGAAAGCAUUGGGUGAUUUGCCAUAUGAUCGAUAUGACAUCUCUGACGAAGUCCGCGAACAGGUGGAGCUAGCAAGAUUGCAGUUAAGAAGAGCAAUGCAGAGAUAUGGAUCGUUAAAUUCGAAGAAGUUCUCGAGUGCUUUAUCUGAGCCAAUGGAGAAAGAUGCCUCAAGCAAUACAAAGAGCAAAGUUAUUGAGAAGUUGGAGAGUAUUCCAGAGACUGUGCAUUCCAACAUUCCUUUAUCAGAUGAGAAGAAAUUUGAAUCACCGCCUCCUCGGAAGAGCUCUUCGGUUUCCUUGGCCUUCUUUUUAUCAAAGGAUGCUGAUGAUGAGAGAUUAGAGAAAGUAGUUACCAAGAACAGCGAUGACUCACAGAAAUCGGAUAAACUCACAAUCCCUGAGGAUUUUCUUUGUCCAAUCUCUCUGGAACUGAUGAAGGAUCCUGCUAUUGUUUCCACAGGACAGACAUACGAGAGGUCGUACAUACAGAGGUGGAUAGACUGUGGAAAUCUAAGAUGCCCAAAGACCCAGCAGAAACUCAAAAACUUUACUCUUACUCCAAACUAUGUCCUCAGAAGCCUGAUAUCACAGUGGUGCACUAAGCACAACAUUGAGCAACCAGGUGGUUACAUGAACGGUAGGACCCAAAACCCUGAUGGGUCUUUCCGUGAUCUAAGUGGAGGCAUGUCAGCGAUCCGGGCAUUGGUUCGUAAACUCUCUAGCCGAUCAAUCGAAGAGCGCAGGACUGCGGUUUCUGAAAUCCGCUCUCUGUCAAAAACAAGCACGGAUAACCGAAUUCUGAUUGCAGAAGCAGGAGCCAUCCCUGUUUUGGUCAAGCUUUUGAUCUCAGAGGACACUAAAACGCAGGAAAAUGCUGUCACUUGCAUUCUUAACCUCUCCAUAUACGAACACAACAAAGAACUGAUCAUGCUUGCAGGAGCAGUCACGUCUAUAGUGCUAGUCCUCCGAGCUGGAACCAUGGAAGCUAGAGAAAACGCUGCAGCAACUCUCUUUAGCCUUUCGUUAGCUGAUGAAAACAAGAUCAUAAUAGGCGCAUCGGGUGCGAUACUAGCCUUAGUGGAUCUGCUUCAGUAUGGAAGCGUCAGAGGGAAGAAAGACGCAGCUACGGCUCUGUUCAACUUGUGUAUUUAUCAGGGAAACAAAGGCAGAGCGGUUAGAGCCGGUAUAGUACACCCAUUGGUGAAAAUGCUGACUGACUCCUCGAGCGACAGGAUGGCCGAUGAAGCCUUGACCAUACUCUCGGUUCUAGCUAGUAACCAAGUCGCGAAAACUGCGAUUUUGAGAGCCAAAGCUAUACCACCUUUGAUAGAUUGUCUCCAGAAGGAUCAACCGCGAAACCGAGAGAACGCAGCUGCGAUACUACUAUCUCUUUGCAAGAGAGAUACUGAAAAACUAAUCUCCAUUGGUAGACUUGGAGCUGUUGUUCCAUUGAUGGAACUAUCAAGAGAUGGUACAGAGAGAGCUAAACGAAAAGCUAAUUCUUUGCUAGAGCUUCUCCGUAAAUCAUCCCGAAAAUUAGGUUCACUCUAAAUAGCCCUUAACAAGAAUUAAUUUAGUUUUGCUGGCUAUUGAUCUGUUUAUUUUGUCCUGUUUUAUUUUUGAGUUUUUGGAUGACUAAUUAAUUUCCAUUUGAGAAAGUGGUGGAGUCAAAAGAGUUAACGAGAAUCGAACUCUUUUUUGACUCACCUUUGUAUUGAUUUGUUACUUCCAACAUAUCAUAUGAUUGAUAAAGGUCGUUUGUUACUGUUCCUA